UAUGGUCGUCGCAAACCAAGAGAGGGCUCUUUUAUAAAUGGGACCUUCAUAGUCUGAACCCCAAAUCAGGGAAACCAAACCAUGUCUUCUCGUGCCUCGUUCAUCUUCAUGUUUCUUUUCUCCUUCCUCACUAGCUUCAGAGCUUCGGCUCAAGAUCACGGUUACAUAUACCAUUUCUGUGGCAAUACGACAAGCUAUUCAGCUAACAGCACUUACUUCACUAAUCUCAAAAUACUUCUGUCCUCUCUCUCAUCUGGCAACGCCUCAUACUCCACCGGCUUCCAAAACGCUACGGUGGGACAAGCACCGAACAGAGUCACUGGACUUUUCCUCUGCCGAGGUGACGUCUCGCAAGAAGCUUGUAGUGACUGCGUCUCCUUUUCCGUCAAAGAUAUCUUAACCAAGUGUCCCAAUCAGAGUGAUGCCACUAUCUAUUACAAUCGUUGUAUGCUCAGAUACUCGGACCGUUAUAUUUUCUCAAACCUCACACUCAGUGGAGAGUUUUUAUGGUAUAACGGUUACAGUAUUGGGUACAACUAUGAAGACCAGUUCGAAAAAUUGGUGUUGACCACGAUGAUCGAAGCCGCCCUUGAAGCAGCGAACAGUUCUAGAUAUUUCUGUGAGAGAAAUGCCAAGUGGAAAGAAUACGAGAAUUUGUACGUCCUAGUUCAGUGCACUCCUGAUCUGACAAGACAAGACUGUUUGUUCUGUCUGCAAAAGUCCAUCAACCUAUUGCCUUUUAAAAGUAAAGGAGCAAGACUUCUAUUCCCUAGCUGUAAUUCUAGGUACGAACUUUUCGAGUUCUACAACGAAACAGACGUUAAGACACCGCCCCUAGCGGCUUCUACUCCUCCGGUGUCAUCUGCUCCAAGACCUAAUGGUCUUCUAAACGCAGGCAAAGGUGGGAAUUCAAGUGUGGUAGUCAUAGCCAUCCUUGUGGCUAUUAUAAUCGCUUUUGUGGUUUCUAUAGCUGGUUAUUGUUUCCUUGCAAAGAGGAAAAAGAAGAAUUCUGAUAAUAAACCAGAUUUCUAUGGAGAUGAUAUAACAACAAUAGAGUCGCUGCAACUUGAUUAUAGAACAAUUCAAGCUGCAACAAAUGAUUAUUCAGAGAAUAAUAAGAUUGGUCAAGGUGGAUUUGGCGAGGUUUACAAGGGUACAUUUUCGAAUGGGACUGAAGUUGCAGUGAAAAGACUACCAAAAUCAUCAGGACAAGGUGAAACAGAGUUCAAGAACGAGGUUGUUGUUGUUGCAAAGCUUCAGCAUAGAAAUUUGGACAGAAACGUCUCUAUAUUCCCAUGGAUGAUUUGGUAUAUAUGAAAAGCACGUAAUGAGAAAUGCUUCAACGCAAAGGAUGUAUCGCCACUUGACACACUCCAGCUAACUAGCAGCGAAGCGGAAGCGUGGUGUAUAGCACAAAUCGUCGAGACCAAUGCAGAAGAAAGCACGCUAGCGGUAGACACAAGAAGAGCCCUUGAGCAUCGCGAUACGGACUGCAAAUGGAUAUGCCAGGUAGACACCUCAUGGAAGGACAAAAACGAAAAAACAGGGCUCGGCUUUAUCCUCUUCGAAGACCGACGAAUGAGGCUAAUUGGCAUUAAGAAAUAUGACAAGGUAGCCUCGCCACUCUAUGCCGAAGCCGAAGCUUUAAGCUGGGCUCUGAAGGAGACAAGGAAGAUAGGUGUUUGCGAGUGAUUGUUGAAUCAGACUGCCAGCAAUUUGUUCGACUCAUCAACAAGCCGCAGGAGUGGCCUGCUCUUGGACCUGAGCUUGAUAGAGAUCGAUUUCUUAUGCUCAGAGUUCUCUUCUAUCUCUUUUAAUUUUAUUAGUCGUUUAUUUAAUGGCCGUGCGGACUGUCUCUCUAAGGCAGGACGAUCACGUGCUUCAAACUUUUGUUUCUUGGGAGAUAAGGCUCUUCCAUGGCUGGCUCACGAAGCUAGCUUAUGCGAACCUUUAGUUGCUUAAUAAAACUUUUCUUUGGAUGCCAAAAAAAAAUUACAAACCAUUCCAUAUUUCUCUCAAUACUUCCAGAUCUGAAAGUUGGAAAUGCAAAUGAAUAUGUGUUCAACGACUUUAGCCAUACGUUGAUUGGUAUCUCAUAUUUUCUCUUGAACAAACGGUUAACUGUUUAUUGAAAUGUUAUCUGUCAAUGUAAACUUGAUAAAAAAGUGGUGUAAAUACUAUGUUUAUGAGGUUCGAAAGCAUGAGUUAAACCUUGUAAGUUGUAACAUCGUCAGGUGCUUACCAUAAUCCUGAGUGACAAUUGUGUUGGAUUUAUUAAACAAUAGAAGACGAAGAAAAAAACAUUGGAAACUGUUGACAUACAAAACUUCUCAAAGUCAGGUUCUUGAUAUUUAAGAUUUCAGAGGCUUAUUAUCAUACCGACGAUACCGUAAGAGUCCGCGAAUCAAUUACCAAAGGGGAUGAACAAAGAGACCUACAAAAAGUGAAUCAUGCCUUAUAUUGUCACAUAUGAUGAAGAUUAGCUUACCGCUAUUUUCUACUCCUGUAAUCUGAGAAUCCAUCAUGAUGGCCAUGCUGCUUUAUAGCAGCGAGUGCGUGCCAUUUAAAGCUGGAGAUGCGUAAGAUCCACGU